CAACAGCAAAACACUGUCACAGCUGAUCCGUCUUAGGCAGACAUGCCGGCCGUCACAAACACAGCAAAGUUUUCAGCCUCUUCUCUGUUUCCCUCCUCCUGUCAGUUACAGAGACAAUUUCAUCUAAAUGGCAUGCACAAGAGUGGAGAUGUCAUUCUGGGUGGACUGUUUCAAGUCCACUUUUUUUCAAGUGUUGCUGACCUGUCUUUUACCUCACAGCCACAGCAGCCUACUUGCCAUGGAUUUUAUGAUCUAGGAUUUAGGCAUGCACAAACCAUGGCCUUUGCUAUUGAUGAAAUCAACAGAAGCUCCAACCUGCUACCUAAUGUCACUCUGGGAUAUACUCUUUAUGACAACUGCAUCAACCUUGGAAUUGGAUUCCGUGCCGCAUUGUCAUUAGCUAGUGGUCAAGAGGAGCAUUUUAUAUUAGAUGAUACAUGUGUUGGAAAUACUCCAGUCUUAGGGAUUGUUGGUGAUUCUCCCUCUGCACACUCUAUUGCUAUCUCUAGCAUUUUAGGAUUGUACAGAGUACCUAUGGUGAGUUAUUUUUCAACAUGUUCCUGCCUGAGUGACCGUCAAAAGUAUCCUUCCUUCUUUAGGACGAUCCCAAGUGAUGCAUUCCAGGUACGUGCUAUGAUUCAGAUUCUAAAACAUUUUGGCUGGACUUGGGCAGGUCUGCUCGUCACUGAUGAUGAUUAUGGACUCCAUGCAGCAAGAUCCUUACAAUCUGAGCUCAGUCUGUCUGGUGAAGGAUGCCUGGCUUAUUCCGAGGUUUUGCCCUGGGACAAAGACACAGAUGAACUCAGGAGGAUUGUGAAUGUGAUGAAAACCUCUAGAGCUCGAGUUGUCAUUGUCUUUGCACAUGAGAGUGUCAUGAUAAACCUUAUGGAAGAGGUUUGGAUUCAAAAUUUGGUUAUUGCUGGGUUUGAAGAUACUUUAUAAAACGUGUGUUUGUGUGAAUGG